AUGGCUCCUAUUCCCUAUUUUGGAAACGAUCAGUCUGAAAAAAAUGUAGUAGUUGGUGAAACCCAUUGUCGGGAUCCUGCAGAUUGUCCAUUGUAUCCUUUACAUACUUGUUUUGCUACCGUUGAAGGAUUGGUCUGUAAAAAUGCUCGUGAAUAUGAAGGAUUUGAAAUGAGUGUGAAUUAUGUAGAGACCUUCAACUAUCGACCUUAUAUACGACACAACGAUACCGGAGAACCAUGUCAUUUGAUUCCACGUAGUUCAGAUUUAGAAUCAUAUGUCGAUUUUCGAGGACCACAAGCCAUGACAUUAGAUGAUUUGGAUAUGAUGGGUAACUGUAGUCGACUGUCUUACUGUGAUAAACAAACGAAAACCUGCCAGCCAAAGCAUGGGAUGGGCUCGACUUGCAAGUAUAAUAUGGAAUGUGCAGUUGGAUUAGAAUACUAUCCUGGAUAUUGUGAUAAGAACACCUCUCAAUGUGGUAUGCGACAAGAUAUUCCAUCAUUUUAUUAUGGAGGGACCAUUCGACCGUUUACUAUGGGGAAAUAUUGGAAAGAGGCCGUGGCGGCUGUGGUAGUGACGGGGACGCUGGCGCUCUGUUUCUUAGUAGGUCGUCAUCAAGCUGGCAAAUUAGUCUCUGGGGUCUCUUGUUUGAUUGAAAAAUGGCAAAAUCGUGAUCCAACUCAAACAAAUCACUCGUUAUCUGAUGAAGAAAUUUGGCAUCAACAACAUUGUCGCCGACCUUGGUGGUCUAUUUUACCUCAACGGAUGACUCGCUUUUUACAACCUCGUGAUGAUGGUACCUAUGUACCCUUGGAUACUCGUCCUUUAGAUCCUCCUCCUUAUCGUGGUGAUUGAUUAGCUAGUUUUUUUUUUUUCCUCCACAUCCUCCUCACUUUUUUUUUUCUCCACCUCCCUACCACCUCCUCAUUUCUUUUUUUGUUCUGCAUACGCUUUGACCCUUCCUUCAAUCAUUGUUACACAUUAUGAUAUCC